AUGAGCGGCCUGAGCUCCUUCUUGCCCUCUGCCGAGGACGGCUUCCUUCCCUAUUACCUGCUGCUAGUCUCCGUAGCAGCCAUAGGCAACGCAGUUCAGAACCUCGUAACCCUCCACUACACCCGGCGCAUCUACAACGGGCUCUUCGUGCCCCGCGCCUCGGCCCGCAACAACCCGGACUCGGUCGCGAAGCUCCAGCCGCUGGUCGAGGCGGGGUCCCUCAAGGACAAGCCCACCGCCGUCGACCAGGUCACCCCGCUCGCCGCGCGCCUGUUCGGCGUGUACACGAUCCUCGCGGGCGUCAUCCGCGUCUACGGCGCCUACCGAGUCAAUGACCCCGUGCUCUACCAGCUAUGCCUGUUCACCCACCUGCUGGCUGCCGCGCACUUCACGAGCGAGACGCUGGUGUUCAAGACCGUGGCGCUAGGGUGGGAGCACGCGUUCCCCUUCGCGGCCGCCUUCAGCGGGAGCUUGUGGAUGAUUCAGCAGUAUGGGAACUAUGUGAAGGCGUAA